UGAGGAGUAAGGACCCAGCCCAGCAAACAGCCUGGAGAUGCAGAGGAUGCAGCUUCUCCCCAGUCCCAAGGAGAGGAGCGAGCAGGUGUCUCUCUGCUCCUGGCCCCAGCCAGGUUCCUGCGCCAGUGAAGCAGGGUCCCAGGAUGCUGGUAAAUGGGGGCGUGCUGGCCCUGGUCGCUCCUGAGGCUGGGGGGUUUUACACGCUCAGCGGAGCUGAGUAGGCAGGGAAGAUGUGGUUGCUCUGUUUACCCGCAAACCGCUCCCACAUGUUCAGUACUUGGGAUCUGAGCUCCUGCUUGCCCCUAGCCUCUCAAGCUGCCGGUGGGUCCCCCAACAACCCCCCUCCAGUCCGAGCCGCUUGUGUUCUGAGGGUGCAUUGCACACCCUGCCCCAAAUCCCUCCCACGUGCGUAGUGUGCUUGCACUGAAUGCAGUGGGGGCAGGCAGCUGUGCGCAGCGGCAUCGUGCACAACGAGGAAAGCUGUGUGUAAAAAGUCCCUCUUUCCCUCUAAUGUGUCCCCUCUAUUAUCCCCACCUGCGAGCUGGGGGAGGGAGAGGAAUUUCCUCCCUUCUGAUAUUAUUCCAGAAAGUUUGCAAUGUGGUUAUGAGAUCAAUCAAUUAGGAUGAUCGGAAGAUACUCCCCUCUCCAACUGUUGGGAGUGACUUUUACUCUUGGGGGAGGAAGGACAUUCUUUUUGUGGUUGGAUUGCUCCUGGUUGCACCAAGUGACAUUUAUUGUCAGGAUAGCUCCUGGACCUUCCUGCCUGGGCUCUGUUUCCCACCACUGAUCCCCAUCCAGUGCCAGAGAGGUGGAGCCAGGUUGAAUGCUUCCUAUACUCAUUCCUUAAUAUACAGGUGGACCUAAUUAAUGUUUAAGUGAUCAGAGUGUGGGGUCAGGUAUCAGCUCUCAGUUAGGGCAGCUUCUGUUGCCCUGCUUCUCCCCUGGUCAGAUCCCUCCUGUUGUCUCCCUGGCUGUUGUUUGCAGGGCCCUGGUGGCCUGCUCUCCAGAGAGGAGUGACCCACCCCACCAUUGCUACCAUCCUUGGGUCUCCUGGCUAGUUGGUUGGCUGGCUGCAGCUGCUUCUGAGGCUGCUGCUGGUGUCCUGGAAGAAGAAGGGGAGCUGUGUGUGGAGCUGCUGCAGGACAUUGUGGAGGGGGGUACUAUUACUGGACUGAGUGAUUGUAUCUUCUCUGCUCCUGUGGUGGUGACUGCUGUUUUGUUGUGGAGAGUGGGGGGAGAGACUGAGGGUGCCAAGUCUACCCUGGCACCCCGGCCUGACUUCAUAGAGGACCCCUUUCCUAUACCCAUCCCUUGAUCCCCAUGCCUGAUCAAGAGGUGCAGCAUUGUGGUGGCUUAGCUGCUGGGGCCCUGAUCUCUUCUGGUUCCUGCCCUUGGUCCUGAUCCUGUUCCUGUUGUAGUUCCCAUCCCUUCCUCUUCCCAUGUCACUGCCGGCCCUGGGGUUGUCUUGUUUCCUUCUCCAUUGACCGCCCCCAAGAGGUGGUUUUUGUUUUCCCUUCUCCCUCUCUGUCAGGGACUGCCUUUCUCCCUCUGCUGCUGCCCCUUGUGCCAGGGAUCAAGAAAGGGUCUGCCCCGUUUGCCCAUCUCUGUAGGCUAAUUAAGUCUUCAAUGAGCUCCAUGUUGGCAUGAGGUUCUGUCCACAUGGAAGUGAAGUCUACAUUUCCCUGCACAAACCCCUGAAAGAUGUAGAAAAACAAAACUAACACACAGAAAUGCACCCUGAGAAAUUUCAACAUUGCCUAUUAUGAUUAAAUUAUUGUAUACAAAAUUCAAAUCCAUCUUUCCUCUGUUUCCUUUCUUGAAGUGCAACAUCUAUGAACUUAUCUAUACAGUUUAAGUAGAAUGGGUAUAAUGAACAAACCAUUUUCUUUUUACUGAUAAAGUAACCUGUAAAAUACAGUAUUGCAUGUUAGAAAAUUUCAAAAUAUUUUCCAGAUCCUGUGAAACUUAUUUCAAUAAAUGCUUUAAUGGACAAGCUGCAUCUAAAAUAUGCACAAAAACCAUGGAUUGAAACUCUGAAACUUGUACGUCUUUGCAUGGAUAAACCACCUCGAGGUUCCAUUAGUGUUACCCCACAUCAUCCUUUACUCUCUUGCUUGGAGAAGAUACAGAGGACUUUAAAUGCUAAAUCUCUGUCUACUGUGAUGAGCAGAUUGGAAUUUUUAUCCAAACAAAGGGGGUUGAAAUCUCACAUAAGUCCCAAUGGGACAGCUUGCUAUUUAACAUCAGACAUGUUCUAUGUAGAAGUUCAGUUGGAGAAAGAUGGAAAGGUGAUAGAUGUAAAAUUGGCUCACCCUGGAGAAGCUCCUGUGGUUUGUGAUGACCUAGUGCAGCUUCUAAGGAUGAAGAAUUAUGAUGCCUUUGGAAAGAUUCUAGAAGGCCUGUUAAAUCUGUAUCAAAUUCCGGGAAAUAGUGACAUGAAAGCUAAGGUAUAUCUUGCCUUGCAAUCUUUGGAAAAAGAUCUCUAUUCAAUGUCCCUUCUGUACAGAACACAGGAUGUAAACAGAGUUACUGAAGUACUUCAUGGAAAAGCAGGACACCUUGUGCAAAGAACUGGAGGAACCCCUAUGAACAUUGAAUAUUAUCUAUCUCCAUAUCAAGUUCUGGAAGAAGAGCUGAAUCCUGGCUCCCAAGUAUGUGGAACAAAAGUAUUUGUAACUGUUGGAAGUUCAAACACAACACACAAACUUCCCAUUUCCCCAUUAAUUGUGGAUUCUCAGGCAGGAGAUGGCAACCCUGCUUUUUUACCACUGACUGAUGAACUCAGCAUGGAUUUGUCAGCUUGCUUUUUCUUGAUGUUUCAUCAGCCUUUUCCUAUGUCCUCAUCCAGUAUUCAAGAGAUACAGAAGCUUACAGGAAUUUCAAUUGAUGGACUGAAGCUAGCUUCUCUUCAUGCAUUGAUUGUUCAAUUUACCUUUAAUGAUGAGUACAAGGAAGAUUUGGCUAUGAAUAAUUCUUGUUUCUUUGUGUCUCUUCCAGAUUGCCUGAAGCACAGUUAUUUCAUAAAUAAGGGCACAGAGAAAUCAGGUAUAACAGGAGCCCUCGUCAGUAAAAUUCCAUUUACCCAUCCAAAGUGUGUACCUGCUAUAAUUGAGAUUCUUCGGCAUCAAGUGGCAUAUAACACUCUUAUUGGCAGCUGUCUCUCUGAGAACACUAUAAACGAAGAUUGCUCAGAGCUGCUUUAUUUUGAAGUGUCUCCACAAAAGGGCACUAGCUUUUCUAUCUCAUUCCAGCAUCCUAUGGGGGAGAGUUUAGCCUGUGUGGUAGUUGAUGUCUUGAGCUCCAGACAAAUCAGAUGCAGUCUUCAUACAAAUCCUCAAGAUGUAACUCUAAACUGCUGCAAUGACUUUAUCUCAAGAGUCAUGGAGCGUUGUAUGUCUGUCCCUCUCGUCAUGAGAGCUAUUUUCAAGAAUGCUGUCACUAUGAAAGUUGAUGGUGAAAUACAAAAUAUGGAAGUUAUCUCUGAGCAAAAUCCUGAAGUGACCUGCAAGCAAACUACGUCUUCUAACAGUACAGGAGCAAAUAUUUCUGGAGCCAGCAUGCAAAAUUCAUGUGAUGGAAUGGAGGCAAGCAGCUCCACGGCCAGUAUUGAGUGUGCGAUUUGUGAUAUAUCAGUAUAACUAAAGCAAAUACUCAUCUGAUGUUUACUGUGGUUCCAUGUCACUUUUUUUGUAGUGUGAUCAAUAGACAUUGUCUCAAGAAACAGUAGAGGAGUAUUUGGCAAGAUCAAUACUUCUGUCUAGCAGGAUUUCCUCUUAGAAUUAAAUCUUUUCAGCCCUGCAUAUUGCUAAAUAAAAAAAUAUUUUUUUUUGGAGAAUAUAAACGCAAAUUUGAAAAAUUAUCACUACUGUAGCAACCUUAAUUUAACCUAUAAUGCAUAUAUGGGCAUGUAGUUACUUAGGUGGUGGUGGUUUGUUGAAUAUUUGUAGAUGUACAUAUAAUAUAACAUGCAAUGUGGCCAAGUUAUAUUGCUGUAACCUUAAGAUUGUUUUCUUUCUUUGUGCAGUUCCAUUUAUUAAACCAUAAUGUUGCAUUAACAUUUUUUUAACAUGUAAUCGAAAAAUUUGUAAGAAAGGUGGAAGGGGAAAGGAACUAUUGUUAAACAGUCUGCUAGUAAGCUAUUUUGUGCACAAAUGCAAUUUGAUACAAAUGAGUUGACUUGUACCAUUCCCCAUGGAACUGUGUAGUAAAUUAAAAGCUUUCCCCCCUCCUGUAUUGGUUUAAUAUCCUCUUUUUGCAAAAAGUUCUGGAUAAGAGGGGGUAUGGGUAAUACAGGUGUGCAAUAAAAUAAUUUUGCAAACAAA